UGCCUUUCAGGCAUGCGCACCCAGAAGCCUGAAAGUGAGCACCGCGGAGAACUUGCCACCCAAUGCUUCGCCUCUCUCCGGUUUAAUCUGGAGGCCUUUGAUUUCCAUCUGGCUCUUCCAAGCACUGCAUUGAGUGAGUGGUUCUUUAAUUCUCGACCUGCGUGCCUAAGGCUAGGUCUCCUUGCCCAAGCACGUAGCUGCCGAAGAUUUGCUGGAUUUGAGGAGUCAGGGUGCGUGGACCUGCUCCGACACUUGACUGCGACCGAGGGUGACAAGUGUAUCUGCCUCAGAACGCUGCCGUGCUUUUCCUGUCCAGAGUGCGGGAAAGUAUUCCUUAUCCGAAGCAGCCCAGUCUUCAAGUGCGGCCACCUGCCGGAAUGUCCAAAAGGCUCCGCUCUCAGUUAGAGCAAGCAAGCACAGAAGAUGCCUGCUCUGAGAUACACCUGGAGCCACCACAGCUGUUCUGCGAUGAAAACCAAAUCACGCGUUGUGACAAGUACCUCCUGUACCAAGAGCAUAGGAAUCACGUGGUAUACAGAGUACAGGAGGCCGCUGAGAAUUACAGGAAGUUAUUUCAGGAGAUAUUGAACUCAUUGAAGGAGAAACUUGAAGUAGCUAAAAGCAUAUUGGCUGAUGAGCAAGAAAGAGUGGUGUUGAUGCAGGAAGAGGAACAGAAUUUGAAAGAGGUGAUUGAGUCUGAAUAUAGGCUAAGGUUCCGGUUGAUGAUGGAAGAAAAUGAGGUGAACUUCCAGAGCCUGCAAGGGUACAUAUUCAACCUGAACUUGAGAGAAGCCAGUCAGAACCAACUGAUCGAGUUUGUUGCAAAACUAAAGGAGAAGUUCCAGGAAAUAUUACAGAGGCUGGACGAUCUGGGGAGAGAGAACAUGAAUAAACUGAAAGAGAGUGAAGUUAGACUCUCUGAGCAGAUCUGCAGCCUCCAAAAGAUGAUCGCAGAGCUAGAGAAGAAGUGUGGUCAAUCAGCCUCGGUGUUACUCCAGAAUGCAAGAUAUGCUUUGGAAAGGAGCGAGUCACUACUGCUUCAGUGUCUGGAGCCAGCACGAAUCACAGACCUGAGUUUAUGCCAGACGGGAAUAAGCAAAAUGCUAAAAGUGCUGCAAAGACCUAUAACUUUGGACCCUAAAACCGCUCAUCCCUGUCUGAUCGUAUCUGAGGAUCUGAGAAGUAUAAGACUCAGAAAUAUCCAGCAGGAGGUCCCUGGUCACCCAGAGAGGUUGGACUUUAGUGCCACGGUGUUGGGUGUGGAGAGCUUCACCUCAGGAAGGCACUACUGGGAGGUGGAUGUGGAAAAGGCAACCCAGUGGCAGCUGGGCAUAGGCAGAGGCUCUGCCAGCAGACAUGCUUCUGGAGACAAAGUCUUACUCACAGGAUCCAUGAUGGGAACCGAUUUUACUUUCUGGGCCUUUCCCCCUUUGAAAAGAGUCUCCUUGAGAGAGCAGAUGCACAGAGUUGGAGUUUUCCUAGACUAUGAGUAUGGGCAGAUUGCCUUCUAUGAUGUGACAAGGCAAUCUCUCAUCUAUAAUUUCUCUUAUCUCACCUUCCAUGGGGCUCUCAAGCCUAUAUUUUCUCUUUGCAUCUCCAGGGGAGGCACGAACCCAGACUCUUUGAGCAUCUGCCUCCCUCAUGUUUCUUCCUGUACUGGUACUCUAAGCCCUCAGUCUUCUUUGGUGUGAAACCUAACACCACAAGAGGCCGGAAUGUUACAUGCGUGACUUCAUAUACAUUAUUUUACAAAGGAAUCCAAUAAAAGAUUUUUUAGCACCUGAGUUAGAACCCAGGUCAACACCCUAGAGCCUUUGCAUUCACGUGGCUUUCAACACCCAUUUUAUGGAAGAGGUUACAUUUACGCUGAGUCAUGCAUGAUAAUAACUGGACCUCAUGCUAGUUAGAACAGCCAAGGCCUAUUCAGCUUAAAAUCAGGAAAUUGGAGCAGACAUAUCCUGAGAUCCUUAGGACAGGGUUAAGGACUCUAGAGAUUUCUAAAAACAGAAUUGGGUGUAAAUCAACUAGACGUCAGUAAAAGUUUUAAAAAAUUAAAACAGAAUUGGGUAUAAUCAAGACUUUAGAUCUGAGGAUAUCAUGAAAAUGACAUGUGGAAUGCAGGCUUACUAUUCCUGACUUUGUCAGGACUUCUAACAUCGUUCUAAAUAGAGGAAACUUAACUUCCUUGGAUACUUUAUCUCAGUGGGGAGGAGGUGUUGGCAUAAAAUCUGAGUAUUUUAAAAUUAUUUCAAGUAUUCUACUUUUUUCUUACAAGGAAAAUUAGAUUUCUUAAAAGAAGUCAGAUAGUUCACUGCUUUGAAAAACAUUAUGUUAAGUAAUAUUAUGACAGUGUUCUGUAUUUGUCUUCAUCCUUCUCUGAUAAUCCACUGAAAAUUUUUUUUCUGCAGCCUUGCUUAUGCACGAUCAUACAAUGCUGAAAAAACAACAAAAUAUUAAAGAGACUUUUAGUGAAAGCUUUAUCAUUCUUUAUCUCCUUUCAUAUUUUUAACAGCCUAUGAAUGUGAAUUAAUCUUCAUUAUUCACAUGUAGAAACUGAAGAAUUUCUGUCAUGGCUCAGCGGGUUAAGGCUUUGAAAGUAUUUUGGCACAGCCGACCUUCUGAAUAAAUCGAUGGCUAGCAUAUUC